CACGACUGUGCCUUUUAUUUCUGCGACUUCCAGUACUUGAGUUUUCUCGUUUGUCUGAAGAGCCAUGUCUUUGGUGAAUGCCUGCACCACGGUACAGCGAAUAAGGGCUGUGUGUGUGUGUGUGUGCGUGUGUGUGCGUGCGCGUGUCUGUGUACCACAACACUGAGACCAUACAGGUACUGAUAUAAUAACCAGAAAUUCUUUUAGCUGAGAUCCACCAUGAGACAUUUGACAUUUCCAUAGAGUAGAUAUGGAGUGAUGUAGCAAUGUAAUUCCCCAGGAUUCCCAGGCAUCCUCCAGCCAGAUUGGGAAUCAAGGUCAGGUGUACCUACUCCAUUCACAUGAUUUAUUUAAUUCUGCUGUCCAGGGUCCUGAAAGCAGGUCAGCCCAGCCAAGCUUUGGCAUGGCUGAACGUGUGAUUGACAUUGCUGUCACGUGGGCCUUUCCACUACUUUGCAGUGUUGACGUCGGAGAGAGGGACGGGCUCUGGAAGGACGUGAAUUUAGCGAUCAGACCACGUGCAAACCGGAGGGUCCGUUUGUAUAUAUGUCACUAUUUGGAACGGUUGCAACCUCAGACAACAUCUUUGCUGAACUAUGGAAAGAGUACGGGAAGGCAGACACACGUUGGCUACACUCGGACCCCACCAUCGUGGCCCUGGAGCUGCUCACUGUCGUCCUGGAUGGGUUCCUGGCUCUGGUGCUCAUUUAUGCAGUUGUCAAGGAUAAAUACUACAGGCACUUUGUCCAGAUCACGCUGUGUGUGUGCGAGCUGUAUGGCGGCUGGAUGACCUUCUGCCCCGACUGGUUGCUGGGGAGCCCCAGCCUCAACACCGGCAGCUGGCUGUACCUCUGGGUCUACCUCGUCUUCUUCAACGGGGUGUGGGUACUGGUGCCCGGACUGCUGCUGUGGCAGUCCUGGCUGUCACUCAAGAGAACCUACCAAUCACAGUCAGCCGUGUGUGAGAGGAAGGCCCAGUAGACAUGGAGCCUCGUACUGACUCCUAAUUUGACCAAAUGUAGGUAGGAUUUUGUGCCUAAACACUGAUUCUGAAUCAUUGCAGUUGUUUUAUACAUAAUGAGUGGGGUUUAGGUUAGGAUUUUGGUUAUUUGAGCUGUUAUUGCAGGGGUCUGGGAGGGGGUUAAAUGCAUAAUUUCAGUAUAGAUUUGACAUUCUCUGUCAUUUCUUCAUACAGUGUAACUGAGUUCAUGAACUUUUUUCAUAAAGUCUGCUCAAAUCUCCAGCUCACCCAGAAGCAUGUGAUUCUUUAACUACAAUUUCUGGUGUCUGUCCCCCUCUCUCUCUCUCUGUCCUGCAAUAUAAACGGCAGUAACAACUGGUCAAUGUUUAUUCAGACAACUUUGAUUCUGAGUUCCAGUUACGAGAGGGUCAUUUGAAGACUGUUUGCCGCCUGUCUUGACAAGGACCAUGCAAUUGAUGAAACCAGUGGAAACAAGAUCAAAAUAUGAACACGUGAUGAAAUUAACAUGGAAGUGUGUGAGAAAUAAAAACCCCACUAAAAGCUUCAACUCUUCAAAUGUUAUUUUAUUCGCUAUCUGUCCCAGUUAGGAAUGCCCAUUACUAACAUCCUGAGCAUAAAGAGUGAGGCUUAAGUCCCCCCCCCGUCACUGGCAGCGUGCUGGACUGCAGGGGUACGCAGCAUCACAUUCUUAAUUCACAUAUACCAAAACAGGUACUCCAGAUGCACCAGAUGUGCAGAGGUGAAAGCUGAACUGAAUUUGUCACUGCGACUGACUUAAGGGGCGUGACCAAAGACUGGCUGUGGACAUUCGGGUCUGUAACAGCAGGAGAAACAAAGCAGAACCUCCGGUAUUCCUGUAGGAGAGGACAGAGAGUCUACAGGAGCCCAGUAUCUGGUGGGUCUAAAGAAUCUGCAGUGUUCACCCUGCUAAAGGGCUUUAAAAAAAUUUUUUUAAUGUUUCAUUUAAUCAGAACCCUCCACUGCCCACUGUUAGCAUGGCUCUCCGAUUCAACGGGACCUCAUACUGAAGAGCUUUGCUUAAAAAUUCAGGCUGAUGAGCUCAUAAGGGUUUUUCUUAACUUACCAGGCUAAACAACUUCUCACUUUUCACACUGUAGAAGCUACCAUAACAAACGCACACCAUUACAUUCUGCCACAUAAUUGUGUCAAAUCAUAGUGAGUCACAAACUGAAACCAGCGUUCCUUACACAUCUACAUACAGGUACAGUGGUGGUUUGGUACAGCAAGGGUGUGUAACUAAAA